AGACCCUGUUAUAUUAAAACGCGUAAAGGAGCUGGCCUUUACUUACCUCUUCGUUGUGCAGCUCCAUCUUAAAAUGUUGGAAAAAGAAGUAUUCUUUUUCUUCGUAUGCACUUUUUAAACCGGAGUAUCUCUCCAUCGCUGAGUAACCAAACGAGUCAAAUGACAAGUCUGGUUUAAGAAGCAGACAUGUUGGUGUCUUGCUGGUUCGAUGGCCCUGUUCAUUGACCCAGUCUCUGUUCAUAAAAAUCGCUUCUCCACCUUCGCCUUUGUUGAAUGAGAAGGCAAACCCACUGUAGGUUGUACCAAAGUCUAUCCCUACAGUUGCAAGAAAACAGACAUCCGGGAGAUACAGUCGAUACACGUUGGGGCGAUUGCUACUUGAUUCAGUAAUGGCGACCUUUAAGCGUAGAAAAACGUUACCUAACUCCGUUCAACCAAGUGGAUAUGAAUCCAAAACGCAUCCAUCGGCAUCACCUUCAAAUGAUGAGGAAUGGUCCACAGAAAAACUAAUUGAAGCAUCACGACAACUCCCUUUGCGACUCGAGAGGUUAGAGCAUGAAAAUAAAGAUCUCAGGCAACAACUGCAAAGCCUCCAUCAAAGUCAUAGUAAUGAAAAUAGGGAAUUAUCAGCGGAAGUUCAAAGACUGAGACAAAGGCUUGCUACUGUGGCAGAGAGAAAAGUCAACAUGGACCAAAGAAGAACUGAAAACACGUUGAGCUCAAACAGGCAGUCUGAGCUUGAGGCAGAAUACAGGAACGACUUUAGGGAUGGAAGACGCGUUGACGCAGUGGAUUUGAUUGAAAAAAAAAUGAAGAAAAGCCGAUCUCAACAGCUGUCCGAAGAAGAUCAAUUAAAGGCGUACAGGCUUGCAUGUUAUAUAUUUGAGUUAUCUUACGAAUGUGCAGAGAAGGCGAGAAUUGGCUUUUUAUCCUAUUACUCAUCGCUUUUGGACACUUUAGUUACUGAUGCACCUUGUGUUGGUCUAGGGGAUGGUAAAUAUAAGCUUCCCGAUGUCCUACCUGCGAAAAGACCGAAAGAUGUUCCACAAGAUUACACCAAUGAAGUCAUGGUCUUCGUUAAAGAGGCAGCUGGAAGGGAGAACCUUAAUUUGGAAAAGCUUGUGAAGGCCGUAAAGAGAGAACUGAAGGUAAAAUGGAAGGAAAAUAAAAAGAAAGAGGAAAUCCUUCCAAGCUUUGAUAAAAGCCUCAAAAAGGAACUAAAAGGGUACAUUGAGUACUGCACACGAUUUUCGUGGCGGGCUGUUACCCAAGUCCCUCCGCUCAAAAUCGAUUACAAUUCUUGGACCUUUAACCCACUAUCUCAUAGUGAAAGCCAAGCUUUUCCGUCGUUAGCUAAACCAAAUGCGUCUCAACGGUGGGCCAGCACCCAAGGAGGUAAACGGAUUUAUUGUUACCUAUGGCCGACACUUUACGAUUGGGAAAACAGAGUUAUUGCCAAAGGGGAUGUCGUUUUGACAGGGCGUAGCUCCGUUGGCUCUUACGUUUGACAAGCUAUGACUACCGGCAUAAUUAUGCCUCAGCUUAUAAUGGAAAAAUUUUCGGUUCAUGUGCAACUGGAGAAACACUCACUUUUAUUAGAAUAAGAAAGAUAGUCAACUGAAAAAGAAAUUUGACUUUUUAAUUUUUGGAAGGAUUUGUCUUUGCCAUUCGAUUUUUACUUUUGAGACUAUUUCUGUAAAACUCGUAAAUCGACAGGAACAAAAUUAUUGUAAAACGUUUAGUACCUCUGAAAAAUCAAGUUAUUCUAUGUAACUGUAUAGGAGAUAAGAACUGCGUAAAUAGUGGACUAAAGACAGUUCUAUCGAUUUGAAAACAGCACAGGUAUCUCAAACUCACUGACUCGCUGGACUUGUCAUGAAAACAACCAUUUCAUUUUAAGAGUGCUAGAGUGUGUAAUUUGCACUUCCUAUGUAAGAACAUGGUAAAAUGCAGCACACGUUUUAUUUAAUAAGAAGCCUACCUUGACACAGAAUUGACCGGCUAGACCAGUUAUAGACCCGUCUUUUUUUAGUGAGUAACAACUCGAAUCUUUAGGUGUGAAUUUUUGUCUGUAAAUAUUCGCCAAUUUUCAACAAGUUUGUUACGACUGGAGUGGUUUAUUAAACUGAUUACUUCUUUGACCACUCACAUCAAUAUAUCAUCAAUAUAUCGUUGUUUGGUUUCAA